AUGUUGCAAAAAAUAUAUAAGAAUUUAUUCAUUUCAUCAAUUCUAGUUAUCACAUUGGCCACAUUCAGUAUAGAAGCACAUGGGACACCAUCUAGUAAUGAUAAACCCUUUCCUUCACUGCCAUCUGUCUAUGCUACCAGCAAAUCUUCAACUUUUGCUACUGGAUACAUCUCUCUUGGAUUUGGGCUUUCAGUCAUGGCUGCACUUUCAUCCGCGUUAGGAUCAUUUCUACCAUUACUUGAUCACUUGUUCCCACAUAUCCCAGGUCUUAGAGACUUUAGUAUAGUGCAAUCAAAAGGAUUUCUUGCGACAUCUUUGUUGUUUUCUGCAGGAAUAUUACUGUUCCUUACGCUAGGUGAUCUUUAUCCUGAAGCAAUUGAAUCAUUUCAAACAUCAGAAGCUGCAAAAAAUGGUAAAGAUGACGUAGAAGUAGAAAAUAAAGAUGAAAAAAUAAACAAGAAUUCAUUAACUGUGAUCAAAUCUCAAGACACUCAUAAACUCAAAACUUUAGACAUUCAAAUCGCUAUUGCCUUGGCUAUUCAAACAUUGGGAACAUUAUUAUUUUUAAUUCUGUCCAUCUUUGCAAUCUUGCAAUCUGGGUUCUUUUCUUUUGAACUUGAAUAUGAGAGGGUUCUUUUUGUUGCAUUUUUCACAUCCAUAAUUGACCUUGCAAGUUCCAGUGCUAGACUGUUAUGGUUUAUAUUUAAACAAUCAAGACAUGAUAGUUCAUGUCGAUCAGAGUCUAUUCAAUUAAAAUCAAAUCAACUACACAAAUUGGGAAAAUUGGCAAUAAGAGAGGAAUUAACUGUAUUAAAACCACCACAAAGAGGAUUUGGCUCUAAUGAAUCUUCAAAACCUCUUGAUGGUGGUGCUUGUAAUUGA